UCACAUCUAUUGCGUAUUAAAGCAACAUAAGUUUGGAUAAAAUGUUCCUGUUUACCGUUAUGCAGUGAGGCGUAGUUUAAAGGCAAAUAUUCUCUUCCAACAUUGAACAUGCCUUUUUGUUUGCUAAGGGGUAAAAGGCGGAAAAGAAAGAGGAUCUGAACCGGUUUCCAUGUCAAACACUUCAAUUCUCCAUAGAAACUGUGAUCUUAACGCAGAAACUUUAUUAAACCUUGAUGGUGGAUUGAUAAGGGCGAAUUUCUAUCGGUUCCUUUUUAUUGUGGAGACGGGGAGGGAUGACAGAGGUAAAUUGCUCUUUUAAUUAAACCAAUGCACCGAAGGAAAUUGCUGUCUGAAUAUUGUCUCAGAGAUGGGGCUUGCGACAGUUGCCUGGAAACUUCAAUCUGUCUCACAUUUAUUCCAGAUCACAGUUUUGAGAUAAAGUUUAAUAAAAAUCUUUGCGCCAAUGAAAGCCAACGCUUUCACGUCCACCACCACAAUGCGUCAGGACUGCGGAGGAAGCCUUAUGUUUAACAUGUAUCUCUCAGACCAUACGGAAAAUCUACUGAAGGAAAGCAAAAGCUCUACCUGGACUCCCAUCAACACCGGCGUGCAAAAAGGAAGUGGACAAAUACAACUGUGGCAAUUUCUUCUGGAGCUUCUGUCAGACAGCACAAAUAUGUCAUGCAUCGCCUGGGAGGGGACCAAUGGAGAGUUUAAACUGAUAGACCCGGACGAGGUCGCCAGACGAUGGGGGGAACGCAAGAGUAAACCGAACAUGAACUAUGACAAACUGAGCCGAGCUCUGCGCUAUUACUACGACAAAAACAUCAUGACCAAGGUGCACGGAAAGCGCUACGCCUACAAAUUUGACUUUAACGGCCUGGCACAAGUCUGUCAACCAUCUUCCACCGAACAAGCUAUUUAUAAAUUUCAGAGCAACUUCGCUCCCAUCCAGUUUUCAGGCAUUUCGAAACUCAAUCUGGUUGCUCCAGGGGUCGGACCAUCAGGGUUCUCUUACUGGCCCGGAUCUCACCCGACUCUCUACCACAGCCACAACCUACAACCACCAGGGCCAUUCGGUGCCGUUUCUGCGUCGCAUUUAAGUUGCGUUAACAAUAUCAAUAGUUUAAAUAACUUGAAUAAUAUCAAUAAUCACUAUAACUGAUUUUAUGCAUUAAAAAUGCGCAUCCAUACACGAGACCAAUAUUCAAUAGCAUAUUGACGUAGCUCAACUAAUUGAUAUACACUAUACGAUACUGGAAUAACACAGCAAAUUUAUCUGCAAUAAAUUCAUAGGUCUAAAAAUAGUUAUUUCGAGUUGUCAAUGUUUGAGCAAAAAAUUUAGUCGAUGGAUCAACAUCGGUCACCUUAUGUAAUUUAGCGCCAUCUAAAGGAAAUUAAACAAAAAUAGCAUAGGCUAUUCAACAAAUUUAUUGUGUUGAUCAUUAUGAUUUUUCGACAGUUUAAAUACAUUUAGUUUGAAAAGGCUACGUGCUCAAAUUCCAAUAUUGGACUAAUGCAGGCUGUGUAAAAAUAAUAUUAUUAAUUAUUAAAAUGUAUUAAAUCUAGGCUUAAAAUUAUUAUGUCUUCGUGAUCAAGAACAAAAGGUAAGCCAAAAUAAAGCUUGAAAAAUUAUAUGUAUUAAAUUACUACCCUUUUGUAACCAAGCAAAUUGUAACACGUGCAUUUGAAUACUCUACAUUUAAAUAUCCUACUGUGCACUACGUUUUAAAUGAAUUAAUUGUAUUUUAUUUAACGACUACGGGCGGUUUAAGUCUAAACAAAAGGCUAACAAUUACAAUUGAAAUCGAAUAAAUUGCAAACAAUAACUAUGAAUGUGUUUUAUUUUUAUGUGUUAAUUUAUGAGGACUCUUAUGUGUAUUAAUUUAUGAGGAUU